GGUUAAAUCUGCUGGAAACAUGCGCUGAUAGUGGAAGCACCGGGGGAGUCCCAGUCUGAGAGAGUGCGCCAGGCUGUCCACAUGCACGGAGAGAGGCUGCACACGAGGAGGACCGGCGCUCAGGGGAAAUACUUUGAGUGAAAAACAAGUGGAUUAUACACAGACUAUAUAUUUUUUUUAACCAUUUUUCACCAGUCUACUUGUUGGAGCAGCCAAUUCACCUGCCAACAUGUCUCGAGGUCCAGAUGAUGUAAGCAAGCUCACAGAAAGUACAUACAAGAAUGUUAUGGAACAGUUUAACCCAGGUCUUAGAAACCUGGUGAACCUUGGCAAGAGCUACGAGAAGUCUGUCACAGCAAUGACCAUCGCUGGAAAGACCUAUUUUGAUGCUGUUUCAAAGAUCGGAGAGAAUGCCCACAAGUCUCCAGCCUCCAGAGAGCUCGGUGUAGUUUUGAUGGAGAUCGCUGAAGCUCAUCAAAAAAUCUACAAUGAAAUGGAGGAAAAUUUGAAGAGGUUUCACCGAGACAUUAUCAUUGAGCUGGAGAAGAAGACGGAGAUGGAUGUCAAGUACAUGAAUGCCACGUUUAAGCGCUAUCAGUCGGAACACAAGCUGAAGCAGGACUCCUUAGAGCGCACACAGACUGACCUGAAGAAGCUGAGGAGGAAAAGCCAAGGAAAGCACUCGCACAAAUAUGAAAUUAAAGAAAACGAGUAUUUGGAGACCAUCUCGUCACGCCAGAUGGACAUGCAGAAGUUUAUUGCUGAUGGCUGUAGAGAGGCCCUGCUGGAGGAGAAGAGAAGAUUCUGUUUCCUGGCUGACAAACACUGCAUGUUCUCCUAUCAGAUGAGCAACUUCCAUGACAAGGCCAAAGAGAUUUUGUUGGACCGUUUCCCCAGCUGGCAGGAGAAGUGCUCAGACAUCAGCGAGGUCCCUGAAACAGUAUCAACCAUGAUCGAGCAUUUGGCCACUACACCAGUAGCAACACCCGUAAUGCAACGCAACAGCAUAAACAAUAUGGAUAUCCCUCCUCCCGCGCCGCAGUUAAAAGCUCAGAUCAGUCCACUUGCUAACAUGUUCAACCAGGAACCAAUAUUUUCCCUGCCAUCUUCGCCAGACCAUAACUCAGCAGACCAGAGCAGCCUCGGGGAAUGUAACCUGUCCAGAUCUACGUCCCAGUCAUCAGGUAUCAACGUGUCCCAGAAGCCGCGCGUGAGGACCAUUUUUCCACAUACAGCCGGCAAUAACGAAACACUGCUCAGCUUUGAUGAUGGAGACAUCAUCAUUCUGCUCAUCCCAGAAGAGAAGGAUGGCUGGCGGUAUGGGGAGCUGGAGAAGACUGGACAGCGGGGCUGGUUUCCUUCUUCGUACUGCAGACCGUACACUGAGUCACUCAUAUCUAACAGUAAUCAGAGCACACCUGUACAUAGAGGGAGUGUGGUCAGCCUGCCUGAACAAAAUGACCCCAUGCUACUACCCCCACCGGACUACAGUGACGAGCUGCCCUCCACGCCAAUGAUCACCUCAGCGCAGUCUGCACAGAAUCUGGUAACUCUUGUCAAUGGGACAGCCAAAGCACCUUUUCUUGGGGGGGGCAAUCCGUUUGCAACAGUGAAGCUGAGACCAACGGUCACGAAUGAUCGGUCUGCACCCAAGAUUCACUAGAGGAGGACUGCAGCCUCCAAACACACAGGAGACCUUGCCAUCAUCAUCAUCAUCAUCAUGAUCAUCAUCUCAGCAGACCUCACGCUCUUCUGCUCCUCUUCAGCUCUGUCAGCUCUGGACUAAAUGGGUUUCAACCGUGUGUUUGUGUGCCAACAUGUGGUGUUGGCAUACUAUUAGAAAUGCACCAUAUAUCUUCUUUACUAAGACUAUUUAUCACCAAGUGUCCAAAGUCCCUACCCACCACCAGCUCAGUCUGUUCAGAAGUGAAAACAUAAAAAGAUGAUUGUAUUGUAUUUUAAGUGUUAAAAUUAAACACUGCACAUAUGUGGAAUAUUCCUGAUGCACAUUAUAAACCAUUUGGCGACAAAUGUUUAAAUGGUUCUGAAUGACAUUGUAUGGUUUAUUUUACUGUUUUGACAGUCUUAACCUAUUUUGUAUGAUGUAUUUUGAAGGGUUUUGAAAGAUGCUCAGGUUGAAGUCUAGUUUUUUUGUUUGAGACAUGUGGCUGUGUCGAGAAAAAAACAUUGUACUGAUGAUGAAAACAAUUAGCUGUAGCACCCAGUCUGUCUUCCUGACCUGACUAUUUUUAUUAAACAUAUCGUGUUUCUUUUACAAAGACAUUGUUAGAAUGAAGGAGAGAGGUUUGGGCCACAGGUUCUCAUGUUAAUGAAGAUAAAGAAACAUGUCUAUGAUUUUAUUUAUAAAAGCUGCUGUGCUCGCUUUGACCAAAUUCUCACUGAUUUUGGUUUUAAAUUUAGCGUAUGUUUUAAUGGGCAAAAGGCCAUUUGAUGAGGGGAAUAAUUACACUCCUGUUUUCAUUGUGUAGUCAUUCUGAUUGUUUGUACAGAGAAAAAUGAAAAUGUACCCAGAACUGUUGUAUGUGUAUACUGAGUUUAAAAGUAUUUUAUGAGAGAAAGACUUUGUGCAAAUUUUAUGCCAAAAAAAGAAGAGUAAGGACUCACUCACAGUCAUAUUAUAAUAAAUUUAAUAUAACAGUUUCCAUAUGCUAUAUCAGUCUUUGCACACUUUGCUACUGUGUUCACCAUUGUACAUUUCUCAAUAAAAUCUAAAUUUAUGAACAAACCUGUACUUUAUUGUUGUUAGCCUGUAAGCUGUUUAACAGUGCACUGUGUAACCUUUCUGGUGGCAGUUCCCCCACCUGCCUUGUUA